AUUUUGUUCGUUAUUAUUCUCGGCCGCAAAGCACCAUAAAAAAAAGAAAAAACCAACACCAAACCUUCUUCCUUUUUUCCCCUAAUCUCUUGGUUCGCGACUUCACUGCCUACGAACAGGGUUUCUUAGAAGAUGUCCAAGAUGAGAGCUUUAUGGCAAGCCUCUUUGACCGCCACUAAAAGAGCUCUCACAUGGAACAUUGAGGACAUGAUUCCUCCAAGCGAGAGAUUUAUAUACAACUUCAAUUCAAAAGAAGAACUUAAAAAGUGGCAUUUGUAUUCAGAUUCUGAAUAUGGAGGCUUAUCAUCAGCUGCAUUAGAGAUCACUAAUACCGGAAAGGAACAAACUGGCACUGGUGUUUUCUCUGGGAAUCUGUCUCUUGAUGUUACAGAGGGUACAAAAUGGAAUAUUAGCAGGAGUGGCUUCUGUGGAAUGAGGUCUAAAAAGUUUGAUGGGUUUAUUGAUUUAGAUCCAUAUGAUACUAUAGCACUAAAAAUUAAAGGAGAUGGGAGGAGUUAUAUAUCCACUAUCUAUACAGAGAAUUGGGUAAAUUCUCCUGGACAAAUGGAAGAUAACUCAUGGCAAGCUUUUGUCUCUGUGCCUAGAGACGACUGGGUAAUUGCAAAGAUUCCUUUGGUGCAUUAUCUUCCUACAUGGAGAGGAAACGUAAUAGAGGCAGAUAUAGAAAUGAAUCCAUCAAGAGUUGUUGGCAUGUCGCUGUCUGUCAAUGCAGAAGGCGGAGUUCCAGGGGCACAAACUGGCCCAGGUGAUUUUCGCUUGGAAAUAGACUGGAUCAAAGCCUUGAGAACACAAUGAAGUAUUUGUACUUGUAAAAGAUUUUGUGCUCCCGUCAAUAGCUAGAUGUUUGUUUCUGUAAUUGUAUUAAUAUAAAAUAAAAUAUGGACAUGGAUACUUGUCCAUCUUUGUUCCUAAUCUGGAAUGGAAUAUAUAGACCAACCUUACCAGGUGAAAGUCGUCGUUUUUGAUACAGGAUUUAAUUUUGUUUUAGAAGAUGAAUUUAGCUAAAGUGUGAGUGUACGCAGUUUCAGAGUAGAGUUAAUGUUGCCUAAAUGCCUAGCUUUGUAGUCUUGUAGAUGUUUGAAUGAUUGUUAUAAUUAUAAUUGAUUAAUUCAUGUUUGUUUCA